AGUAUGAAAAUGCAAACUUUAAAUAUAAAAAGUUAUGAAUGAAAUUAUUUGAAGUAUGAUAAGCAUUGCUUGGUAUUACAUACAUGCAUGCACCGCAAGCUGAUGGAUCACAGCGGGAGACCAUGCGCCUAUUGGCUGACCAAACUUUAGGGCCGUCCGAUUGGCCUGAGACGAACUUUAGGGGUGAUGGAUGGGAACGUGGGAACUCGUAUUGGUUAGUCAACAGCAGUUACAACAGGUCGGGGCAGUGUGAACUGACCCCAGGGUGCAGCGGAUGUACGCGCGUUGCCCAUUUACUGAAGAUGCUCUGAGAAUGACAAAUACAAUGCGAUUUAUUAAAUAACCUGGAUGAUUAUGUGUCCAAAUUAUUAAAAUUACAUGCGUAUUACCCAAUCCCAGGUUUGAACGGUGCGAACACUUUUACGCGCGGGUUUAACUGGCACGGGAAGGAUGCGCAUUGCGCUCUUGGUCACGCUGGGUUGCGGGUUCGCGUUUGCCUGCCAGCUGCCCACCGAGUGGCGACCCCUCAGCGAGGGGUGUCGGGCUGAGCUCGCCGAGAUUAUUGUGUACGCCAAGGUGCUCGCCAUUCACGAGGAGCCGUAUGCUUCCAGCCUAUACAACUAUCUGCCGUACUCGCGGCACGAGCGGGCCGAGGACGCGCUGCUGUACGCGGCGGAGGUGGAGAUGAUGUGCGACCAGGCGUGGGGCAGCAUGCUGGAGGUUCCCGCGGGGUCACGUCUCAAUCUCACGGGACUGGGGUAUUUUAGCUGUCAGUCACACACGGUGAUGGUGAACAAUUCCUACAUCUUCUUUCUCAGAAUGGAUGAAAACUACAACAUUCUCCCUCAUGGAGUGAACUUCCAGGACGCCAUAUUCCCAGAUACAAUGGAGAACAAACAACUGUUUUCCAGUCUCUUCCAGUUCUCAAACUGCUCUGCUGGACAGACAGUACACAACUUUAAUAGUGACUGGGAGAGCCAAGAAGACAACAAGUUGCUGUGCUCCUCCAUGCAGAAGGUAUUGAUGGAGGAGGAGGAGCGGGUCAGGCAGCUCCAGGAGCUCGUGGCCGAGCUGGAGAGAAAGAAUAAGCAGUUAAGACAACGCAUUGGGAAACUGCGAAGUUCCCUGCGGAAGACCCGGAAAGCGUCGCGCCGUGCCGAGCAGGAACAGCUUGAGCUGCGAGAACGUCUGAAUGCAGCAGAGAGGCAUGCUGGACAUCAUCUCAAUGCCAUUCGACCGCAACACUGACAUGGACUGUGACUGCACACACACACAGGGCAUGGGAGGACACUUACACAAGAAACACGGUUACACACAGACUCUUACAAAUGGACUGCAGGGUGGUUUAUACAUAAUUCCUAACCAUGACUGUUCGCCCCUUUAAACUGGAUUUCACACACAGGGUCACAUAUCUCAAAGAAAGAGAAAGAAAUGUUUGUGUAAUUUAGUUUAAAUUGCUGUUUAAAGUUAAUGUAAUAAGGUUUUGACAAUAAAAGAACUGUAGAUUUUAUUUCACCCCAACACUGUAAAAAAACUUUGCUGCCUUAAAAUUUUUUGUUAAAUCAACUCAGAUUUACAAGUCAUAUCAACAGAGAUGAAUUGUCACAACUUAUAAAAUAUAGUUGAGAAAAGUCAACUUAAAUUUAUAAGUUAUAAAAACUCACCUGUAGUUAUAACAACUCAUCUCUAGUCAAGAUAAAUAAAAGUAAGUUGAAAUGACUUGUAAAUCCGAGUUGAUUCAACAAAUUUUAAGGCAGCAAAGUAUUUUUUACAGUGAACAAAUUGUCAUCCGAAAAUGCUUGAUGUAAACUGAACGCUUUGUAUAUUUUUAUCCUUAGGUGUGUUAUGUAUUUUUAUUUCAUGCUUUUUUUAUUGUAUACUCUUUCUAAAGAAAUGCAAGUAUAGUUUUCCAUAACUAUCUAUUUACCAUUUAAAAUAAAAUGCAAA